GCGCCUUACGUGGUGACCCGGCCGGCGCGGUUCGGUGCGGGAGCUGCGCGCCGACAGUCGAGCGCGUUCUGGGAUGGACGUGGCAAGGUCGCGCAGUUGUGACGGCGCCAGUGGAAACCAGGGCAGCACCAGCGUGCCUCGGUCCCGGGCGGGCUCGUGGGCCGUGCCGAUGGGGCGCUGACGCCGAGUGGGGCAGGUCUGGUGCAGCCUCGAUAAGUGGGCGGUGCGACGUGGACAUCGGCGGUAUGAACGGUCCAGAAGAGCGGCGAGGCAAGGCCGAAUGACAGAGAGCCAGAGCAGCGCAGUAUGACGGCAGCGGGGAUGAGGACAGAGCGAGAACAAAGCAGUGGAAGACAACUGCGAGACAGAACAACAGACUGCGUGGCAAAAUUAGGGGAAAUGAAGCGUGGCCGAUCAAUAGGAAGGCAAAACCGGUAGCUGCUAGAAGUAAAACGACAAAAUAGCGAGGCAGUGCACCGAAGCAUGGAAGCACUGCGGUAGAUAGCGGUAAUGAACCAAGAGGACCCAGCAGGGCAGCGGACGAAAAAUCUGGCGUGCUUAAGGUGAAGUAAAAUCGAGGAAGGUGCCACAAUGCCAACCACCAGGAAACGUGAGCAGUGGGACUCGCAGUGCGACUUUAUCCUCAGCUGCAUCGGAUACUCGGUGGGCGUGGGGAAUAUCUGGCGCUUCCCCUAUCUGUGCUACAAGCACGGCGGCGGCACGUUCCUCAUACCGUACCUCAUCAUGCUCCUGGCGGUGGGCAUACCCAUGUACGUGAUGGAACUGACGCUGGGUCAGUACGCCAGCCUCGGUCCCAACAAGCUGUUCCAGAAGCUGUCGCCGCUGUUCUCGGGCCUCGGCUACGCCAUGCUGCUGAUGACGGCCUUCGUCUGCUUCACCUACAAUAUGGUGAUCGCCUGGGUUGUCUUCUACGCGGCGGCGUCCUUCACGUCCGAGCUCGCGUGGUCGCGGUGCGGGCACGACUACAACACAAGGGACUGCUACACGAUAGCCGACGAUGACUUCUGUGUGAAUAGCAGUGAUAGAGCCAAGCUAUUCUGGAACAACACGUGUUACCCGGUUAGCGAGUUCUGCAUGCAGCACGACUUUUCACCGUACAAUAAUACGCACUGCAUCAACAGCACCGCUGAACAAGCGAUGCUAGCCGACAUUUUUCUGCCAUGUCGGUCACCGAGUGCUGGCCAGCGAGGAGUACUACGUCAACAAUGUUUUAGGUGUGAAAAACCAUAG